GAUGUCUCUUUCUUUCUUCCACACCUUCGCAUCAUGCCGACUCGUGUACUCAUAGUCGGCGCUGGCGCCAUCGGGGCUUUCUACGGAUCUCGACUCGCCACGGCCGCAAACACCGCAGUCUCGGCGCUGUGUCGUUCGAACUUCAAGGCCGUCAAAGCUAAUGGGUUCAAAGUGACUUCGCCCAAGUAUGGCGAACAGAUGUUCAAGCCAGAAUACGUUUUCAGCUCCCCGGAAGAUGCCAGAAAUGCCCACGUGAAGUGGGAUUAUCUGCUCGUGGCGACCAAAGCUUUGCCUGACGUGAGCGAUGACUCUGCUCUAUUGGAAGGACUAGUAUCGUCCGGAACCAGCAUUGUGCUCGUGCAGAACGGCUUAGGCGUAGAAGCGCCUUACCAAAAACGCUUCCCCGACGCUGCAAUAUUGAGUGCUGUCACGAUCGCGAGUGCUGCACAGCCGGAACAUGGGGUUGUUGCUCACAAUCGCUGGACAAGAAUAUCGAUAGGUCCAUAUCUGCCCCAUCUCGACCAGGGCGGAUCAGGACCUCAAGAAGGCGAUGGCACUGCUAUCGAGAAGAACGGCCAAUUAGUGAAAAUGCUGCACGAGGCUGGUAUAUCAGACGCUGAAGAGUACGACCACGCAGGUCUACAAUUCGUCCGCUGGCACAAGAUCGCCAUCAAUGCGGCCAUGAAUCCGUCUUCUGUUCUCUCGGGUGGAUGCGGCAACCAGGAAAUGUCUCUUGAUCCAGAGCUAUCUCGCCAUCUAACUGGCAUCAUCAACGAGGUCUUGGACACAGCACCGAAAGUACUGGGCAAGUCUCUACCUUCGAAGCUGGCGACAGCAGAAAAGAUUAUUGCGUCGACGCAGCGCAAUAGUUCCGGAAGCAAGCCGAGUAUGUGGGGAGACUGGUCCAAGGGUGCAAAAAUGGAGCUGGAAGUGAUACUGGGGAAUCCGAUUCGGAUCGCAAGAGAAAAGGGCAUUGAAAUGCCGAGGUUGCAGACCAUGUAUGCCUUGAUCAAGGCGGCGCAGAACAACAGGGACAAGGCGAAGACGAAGAAGGAUAGCAAGUUGUAGACUGUAGCAGCUACAACAACACUACAACAGCAGUCGUCUCGACACGAUGCAUCGGAUGUCUUCCCGCGGUCUGUUAGUUCACGUCCUGGCAGCAAGUAGCGCAUGCCACAGGCACAACUGGCCGACCAACAGCGCCGGCCAUUUCCUGUCACGCACGGAUUG